AUGUAUGAAAUGAUGUGUGGCCGAUUGCCAUUUUAUUCACGUGAUCAUCAGAAGCUGUUUGAAUUGAUAAUGGCAUCCGAGUUACGAUUUCCUAGCAAACUUAGUGCUGAAGCAAAACAGCUACUAGCUGGACUGCUGUUCAAAGAUCCUACUCAACGCUUGGGAGGUGGACCAGACGACGCUUUGGAAGUUUGCCAGCAACCGUUCUUCAAGCCUAUUGAUUGGGAAAAGUUGUAUAGAAAAGAGAUCGAACCCCCGUACAAACCGUCAGUUCAAAGCGAGACGGAUACGAGCUAUUUCGAUAAGGAAUUCACCUCGGCUCCCGUCCAGCUGACCCCUCCACCUGCCCGAUCCGACCUUUUAGCCUACUGUGGAUGA